AGGAUUACAGCUACCUGUAUUAUCGUAAUGACUUCACCUCCCACUGCACUUACAAUGAUUCCUCAGUUCAAUGGAAUACCUUUAACUCAAUCAAUGGCCCUUCCAGCUGCAACUACAAAUCAGUCCUACACGGUUUUGAAAAGAGGGCAACCUAAAGCUCUAGGGGUAACACAGAUUGUUCUGACUUUUUUGCAAAUAUCUCUGGGAACAGUUUUCUAUUUCACCGACCCGUAUGAUUACAACAUCUCCUUAUAUGCAGGCAUCUGUUUCUGGGGCUCAAUAUUUUACAUUAUUUCAGGAUCUCUAUCAGUUGUAGUGGAGAAUAGACCAUCCCCCUCAAAGGUCAAAGCAUUCCUGGCUAUGAAUAUCAUUAGCUCUGUGGUCUCCCUUGUUGCGGUUUUCCUGUGUCUAACUGAUUUGUGCAUUAGCAUUACUAAAUGUGAUGAAGAUGAUGAUGAUUACAACCACAAUCAUAAAUGUAGGGAUUAUAAUUAUUAUCUCCUAAAUAGAAAUAGAGCAACCGUUUUGUCAUUUUUGAUUAUUGCUUCUCUCCUGCAAUUCUGUGUGAGUGUUUCUCUGUCUAUCUUUGGCUGUAAAUCUUUGAAACGUGACUCCAAAGCUCCAACACAGGUGCCUGUAUUGCAAAAUGAUUAUGAAUUUUCUGGACCCAACGUUAUCCCUGGUUUUGGGAGCCCACCCCCAUACACAUACCCAAACCCAAUGCAAAACAUGGAGAAUAAUGGUAUUGGGAUGCCUGUGAUUUACGCAAGUGCACCAGCACCAGAACCAACAAAAAUGUAACUAAGUCUAACUAAAGGAAUGGGAGCAAAAACGUACCCAACUGCAGUUUAUCUGUAUACCACAAUAAUAUAAUUUUAACUGUAUAUCGAU